CACUGGAUGGCCUCCCCCUCAUGUAAUCAUUGUUGUAUUAUCUUUUAUUUUCUCUAAUUUACUUAUUAUGCCUUGUAGCAUAGAUUUUAAAUAUUAUUUUUUCUUUUAAUAAAAAAAAAAAAUUAUAUGUAUGUAUGUAUACCUAUAUAAAUUCAUUCCGUGUCAUAGUUCAAAAUUAUCCUUUAUAUGAGUAUACAUUAUAAGACCGGAUUUAAAAAAAUUAACAACAUCUCAUAUUGUGAGUGAAUUGAUAUCCGUUGAUUUUCAAGUAAGAAUUUCUAUCCAAUAACAAUAUCUCAGCAAAUACACUCCACAAACUCCGUGUAGAAACUGCUAGAUAUAACAUAUUCAGCUCUAAAAGCUAUGUUAUAAUAUUUUUCGUAUUAUAUUUUGUAACGUCGCAAAUAUUCAAAAUUUGACAAUGUUUUAAUUGUUUAUUUACAACUGAACCUAAUUUGGUGAAUUUAAAAACCAUAUACCAAAAUAUUAUAAUAAACUACUCUUAAUUAUAUCAAGAAUGUUAAAAUAAAUUUUAGUUCGUAAUCAUUUAUUAUAAAGAGUUUGUGGAACGUUUUUAUUAAAAUAUUACAUAUUUUGUGUUUGUGUACUUGUUUAUAAUCAUAUUUAUUCAUAUACCAAUUGAAAUUAUUUAUAAUAAUAUUAUUACUCCGGUUAAAAUUAAUUUUAAAUUUCGGCAUGCUAAAUGCGUGAAAUUUCUGAUGAGAAAAGAGGUAAUUUAAAAUAGGUAAUGAGAUUUUAAGGCAGUAAAUAUUUUACCAUUUUAACGUUUUUAUCAAUUUUUAAAAUUAUUAUGAAAAUGGCUUGAAAAAUAAAAUAUGAUCAAUUCAAUGCAGAAUCUGCAACCAAAAUUCAACAAAAAUAUCUUGUGUCAUCUUUUGAUUGAAGCAACAUAUUUGAUAUACAAGUUGCUCACACGCAAACAAAAAAGGCACACAUCAUUGUAAACCACCAACACAUUUAUCACUUUUCUCAGAAAUUUAAAAAUGAACCCAAAUUUAUUUUAUUUUUAAUAUUGUUUUUUUUUUUUUUUUUGUUACAUAACAUAGUUACUUUCUCGUGGAAUCAAAAUGGCCGAGACUUUAAAAUUCUGUUUUUUAAUUUCUACUGUUUUGCUAGUAUGUAUUUGUAUGAUUAUAAUAUAAAAUGUUUAAAUACUAACCAUAGUAUUAUACACUAGUUAUAAAUAAUUUACAAUCUGUUUUAGUUGGUGCAAUAUGCCGACUCUAUUGAUACUCAACCACAAAGUAAUUUUAUUUUAUUUUAUUUUAUUUAAGAUUAAAAAGUGUAUACGUCGAAUCUUUAAUAUAAUAAUAUAUUAUAAAAUUUUGAAAUAUUUUAUUUAGUUAUUUAUUUUGUGACAUGCAACCAUAAUAUAGAUUAGAUAUACAGUUCAAGAAUAAUAUAAAUAUAAUUAGAUUAAAAAAAUAAAAACGUAAAAUUAGGACUAAGAUAUUAAUAUGGUAACAUAGUUAUCAAAGUUUAAGGUAUAUUGAUUAUUUUAAUAUUUGGAUUAGAUUAUUUUUAACCAGAAUCUUGUAACAUCAAUUGCAUUUGGUGUUGCUGCUAGUAGGUCUUCAAACAGGUGGAUGAACAACUUCGACUAUCCAUCAAUAAAAUAAUUAAUCAUUAGUCCUUACAAAGUUCAGAAUAAAAUAAAACAUCCCUUCUGGAAUUGCCUCAUAACUAAUAAUUUAAAUACAACCAAAAAGAAUAAAAAUAGUUGUAAUUAUUGUUCAAUAAUAUUUUAAUUUUCCGAUUUAAAAAACAUUUUUUAUUUCGGUUUUUUUCACUCUAAAUCAGUAAAAAAUUACUCUAGUUAAAUAUUUCGAUUCCAUUCACCAUACUGGUAUACGUAUAUUAAUGCAACAUAAACUGUGAAAUCCGAAAGUGUUAAAUAUCUAAUUUUGUGAAGAUCUACAAAUUAUCAACAAAUGUUUGUAUUUAUUCAUUAUACUUGUCAUAUAAUAAAUAUUAUGUUUUAUAAGAAAAACCAUCCUUCUGCAAUAAAUUAACAAAAGGUGUCCGUAACAUUCACGAAGCAGUAAAAAGUGGAAUACAAUUUGUUAAUACAGAAUCGGAAAAAGAAUUGCAAAAAUGGAACCGAAUUAAAAAAAUCGAUAGAGAACAAGGAAUUAAUAGUAUGUACCUAUAAUAUAAUUUAUAAUUAAUAUUCGCCUAGAAAUAUUUACGGUUUUUAAUUUUAAACAAAGUCGUUUAUUAUGUACUAUGAUGUACUAUAUACACUAUGUACUAGUGUAGGCAACCACAUUUCAUCUACAACAAAAUAUGAUAUCGUGUUUCUUCGUAAUUGUAGUUAUACAUGUUUUAUUUGCAUUUCAUGUCAAUAAUGUAUUUUAAAUAACAAAAAAAAAAUCCAUUAUAAUAGCCAAAAGUCAUUUUAGUGGUUAAUACUCAAAAUCAAAUAAAAUAAAUUUAAAAAUUAUCAUCACGUAAUAGAACAGUAAAUAAAAAGCAACUGAAUGUAACAACACAAUUAGGAAUACAUUGAACAUAUUUCCAUGUUUGAGUAUAAAUACAAAUUAUUUGAAUACAAGAGAUUAUAUAAUUAAUUCGUAAACAGAAGUUCCGUCAUUGGAGUUGAAUUGUCUGCCACCUAUUUGAAUGCAAUAAAAAUAUUGUUUUGGACAAAUUAAUUAACUGAAUAGGUAAAAUAAUAAUAACGUUAUACUAAGGUAAGGUUUGAAAGUUGAAACCCCCAACAGACAAAACCUUGAUACAAACUAAAAUCCCAACAAAAAUCUUCCGCAAAUAAUUUUUCAAAUUUAUAUAAAAAUCCAACACAACUUUUACCAUUUCAAUCCACCAAAAAAAAAAAAAAACUCUGUUUCGUAAGUAUGAUGUAAUUUGUCCAGAUAGAAAAGCAGCUAUCAAUUCAAUUUUUCACAAAGUUUAAGUAGUAUCUUGUGGUUAUAUACACUUUGAUUUUUUAAAAGAGAACAUACACGAUUUAAUACUAGUUAUCAAUCAGAUGAUUUUUCUGAAAAUUUCGAUGUAUUGAAAUCAAAAUUUGAACAAAAAACUUCUGAAAUAUUGUGCUUUAAAUACUAAGGAUAAUAGCCGUUUAAGGAGUUUUGAUACCGACUUUUGCAUAGAAAUCAUUUAUAGGAAAUUUCUUGUUUUGAAUCGAGCAGUUAUUGAAAAACCGGUUCUAUCCUUAGUAUUUAAAAUAAAUUAAGUAAGGAAUUUUUUAAGUAAUGUUCAAAUUUCGAUUAAAAUAUGCGAACAUUUUCAGAAAAAUAAUAUGAUUUUACAAUUUUGAUUGGUAUUGCCACAGGAUAUUUCUAAAAUUUUGUAAACAAUUAAUGUUUUCAAAAAUAUCGUCUUUACACUUAAAAAUUCCAAAAUCAAAUAUUUUUAAUUUACCUAUAGUUUAAAAAUAAAAUUGUGAUGAACAUACUUAAAAAUUCUUACUGUAUACCUAUUAUUUAGAUAAUUAAUAAAUAGAUAAUAAACAGACAUAAUACAUAAUAACUUACUUAAAUGUAACGAGGCGAAUAUAAAUUAUUACUAAAAUAAAAACGUAUUAAAUAUGUACAAAUAAUAAUCUAAUAUGAUAUCUUUGUAAUUUCUAUUAAACAGAACCAGGUAUACUUGAAUUAGUUACACCGAAGAUCAUUCAAGAGGGUAUAACAGAUCCUCUAAAGGCAAAGGCUACUAUAAUUGCUAGUCAAGGUUUUUAUUAUGGUGGUAAAUUCAUUAGUAAAGUAACCGAUGGACUUGAACAAUACAAUGGGCCCAGUGAGCAAAAUAAUAUAUAUUUUCAUAAUAUUUUAUUGUGCCAUGUUUUGUAACAUCUAUUUUGCCCAACUAUGGUACUAAAGGUUAGGUUACUUAAUGCAAAGUUUUAUGAGAUUGAUAAGCAAUUCUAUACAAUACCCUCAAUUUCAUAUACAAUACUUUUUCUGCGAUUAAAUUUGAAUUUGAACAGCUUAAUUAACGAUAUAUAUCGUUAAUUUCAAUAAUAUUUCAUAGAUUCAUCAAAUUUAAAUUCAAUUUUCUACAUUUUUAUACACAACACAAAUUAUAUAAAUUUGUAAACAAUUUAUGAAUUAUUUAUAUGAAUUUUUUCAGAUGCCAAAGAAAAACCACUUAAAAGUUUGCCGAAUUUCGCAAAAACACCCAUUUUAGUGGGUACUGUAGCUGCAAAUGUUAUUAAAAAUGAUUUAAAAGACUUUUCUAAUUACGUGUAUAAAAAGGAUGGUAAGAAUAAAUGAACCUCUUGUACAUUAUUUAGCGGUCAAAAAUAGUUAAAUUAAUGAUACUGAAAAUCUUUUUACAUAAAUUUGGACUCUUAAGAGUCCAGUCCCUUUGGAUAAGUCAACAGUUUUAUAAAACAAUAUUAAUAUCAGUUCAGAAACUUUAUCGCUUUUAUUUUUCUGAAGUAAACCACAAAAUAUUUAUUUGAUUGGAAUACAGUUUAUCGAAGUAAAAACAUUAAAAUAACCCUAACAUAUAUAAUUCAUUAACUAAAAUAUUUUUCUACUUUACCAAAGUUUUAUCGAAAAACCAAAAACGACUGCGUAUAGACACAUGCAGAAUAAACGCGUGAACGUUGCAUCUAAACGCACGAACAUUUUACAUUUUGACGCUGCAAGCAAAACUUAUCCUUAGUAAAAUGUUACGGUCUCUUUUAUAGCCAACUUUUCUACCAGCAAUUUCGUGUAUUAUACACACAUUUAAAGUUUAUGCCCCAAAAACGCAUUCCUAUCAUACCGAGAUUACACAACAUAAGAAAGCAAAAGCUUAGCUGUUUCAGUGAGUUUAUUGUUUUCAGUUGGUUUAGUAAGAAUAUGAAACACUCACGAAUAAAAACGAUCAAAUACUGUUAUGUUUAAUAUUUGGUUUACAGUUUAAACAUUUAUAUAAUUGAUUUUGUUUUGUUUUUAUUAUGAUCAAAAAGAAAAAAAAGAACAAGACAAAACAGAUCCAAAAGAAAAUAAAGACCAAAAAAACCCGAAAGAAAAAAAAGAACAAGACAAAACAGAUCCAAAAGAAAAUAAAGACCAAAAAAACCCGAAAGAAAAAACACAGCCAAAGGAUUCGGGAACUCAAAAAACUAAGAUUUGAAGGAAAAUAAGGACCAAAUAAAUCGCAUGGAUCACAGGAGUCAAACCAAAACAAAAAAUAAUAAAAAUAAAAAAUGAAUAAACAAUAUUUGCAUUGUUCUAAUAUACAUAACUGUAAUUUUAAAAUAUAAAUUUCAUUAAAUAUUAAAAAAAAAAAUUUUAAUUAUUUUUUUAUAUAUAAUACAAUUAUAGACCGUUAAUCCUAUGUAAGUAAUUAAAAUAAUAUCAG